UGAUUUUUGUUUUUAUUUUGGUAGAAGAAUUAGGACAAGCACAGAGCUUAAUUACCAUCUUCUCUUCAAGUUCAAGGUGCUGUUCUAAUUCGAGCUCGACCUGAACUGUUAUUGGAUUUCUUGCCCAGGUUGGAAAAGAUUUCGCAACUAUCUCCGAACAAAUCCUUGGUGAAUUUUUCUGGGGAUAACAAUCAUGGUGCAAGGUCAAUCUCCUACUGCUUCUCGCUUCAGCACGAGGCAAAAGAUAGCAGAACAUAGAAAGUCUCUUCCUAUCGCUUCAGUGGAGAAACGUCUGAUUGAGGAGGUUAACAACAAUGAUAUUCUGAUUAUCGUGGGUGAAACUGGCAGUGGGAAAACUACUCAAUUGCCUCAGUUCCUAUUCAGUGCUGGUUUCUGUCGAGAAGGAAAGAUGGUGGGGAUAACACAGCCGAGGCGUAUUGCUGCCGUGACUGUUGCUAAAAGGGUAGCUCAGGAAUGUGAUGUUCCGUUGGGCCAAAGAGUUGGCUAUUCCAUUAGGUUUGAUGAUUCUACUUCUAGCUCAACGAGGUUGAAAUACAUGACAGAUGGAUUAUUGUUGAGAGAAGCUCUGUUGGAUCCGCUUCUUUCUAGAUAUUCAGUCAUUAUUGUCGAUGAAGCUCAUGACAGGACUGUUCAUACUGAUGUUCUGCUGGCCUUGCUUAAAAUGAUACAGCGGGCUCGGUCAAAGCCUGUUAACGAGAGAAGUGAGAUUGGUAAUGCAAGUGGUGAGAAUGGUGUUCAGCGGAAUGGCGUAUUGAGAGGGUGUCAAGGCAGGAAAGUAUCUCCGUUGAAGCUGAUAAUUAUGUCUGCUAGUUUGGAUGCACGUGUUUUCUCUGAGUAUUUUGGUGGUGCCAAAGCUGUUCAUGUGCAAGGGCGACAGUUUCCCGUUGACAUUUUUUACACUGCUCAUCCUGAAUCAGAUUAUGUAGAUGCAGCUUUGGUUACCAUAUUUCAGAUUCAUUUGGAGGAGAAGCCAGGGGAUAUACUUGUUUUCCUCACUGGGCAAGAUGAGAUUGAAUCUGUUGAAAGACUUGUCCUAGAAAGACUUAAGCAUUUAUCUGAAGACAAGCGGAAGCUACAACCACUUGCUAUCUUUUCUGCUCUUCCAUCAGAGCAGCAAAUGCGAGCUUUUGCCCCAGCGGAAAAUGGUUUUCGUAAGGUGAUUUUGGCCACAAAUAUAGCGGAGACAUCGAUUACAAUUCCUGGAAUAAGAUAUGUGAUAGACCCUGGGUUUGUCAAGGCACGAACCUAUGAUCCGAAGAAAGGAAUGGAGUCGCUUGACGUUGUUCCAGCAUCAAAAGCACAGACGCUUCAAAGAAGUGGACGCGCAGGUCGUGAGGGCCCUGGAAAGUGCUUUCGUCUUUAUCCGGAAAGCGAAUUUGCGAAACUGGAGGAUUCAACCAAACCAGAGAUCAAGAGAUGCAAUCUCUCAAACGUUAUUUUGCAGCUGAAGGCUCUGGGAAUUGAUGAUAUUGUUGGAUUUGAUUUUAUAGAUAAACCUUCAAGGGGCGCAAUAGUAAAAGCAUUGGCAGAGUUGCGCUUGCUCGGUGCCUUGACAGAUGAUGGUAAACUAGACGAUCCCGUUGGCUACCAAAUGUCACGGCUCCCACUGGAUCCUGUGUACUCCCGAGCUCUAAUUCGGGCCAAUCAAUUCAACUGUCUCGAGGAAAUGUUGAUCACUGUUGCAAUGCUCUCUGUGGAAUCCAUAUUUUAUGAUCCUCGUGAGAAGAGAGAAGAGGCAAGAACUUCAAGAAACCACUUUGCUAGCAUUGAAGGGGAUCACCUAACUUAUCUUAGUGUUUACCGGGAGUUAGAUGAGUUCUUGGAGAAGAAAAAAUCAGCUGGCGGCGCAAACAAAAUUGAUAAAAGUAUGAAAAAAUGGUGUAUUAAUAACUUCGUGAAUAACCGCUCCUUGAAGCAUGCUCGUGAUACAUAUAGGCAAAUCCGUGAACAUGUUGAACAGAUGGGUUUUAAUGUGUCUUCAUGCGGAAAUGACUUGCUUGAGUUUCGUAGAUGUCUUGCUGCAUCGUUUUUCCUUAAAGCAGCACAGAGACAAUUGGACGGUACAUACAGGGCUUUGGAAAGUGGCGAGGUUGUCCAUAUCCACCCAACUUCUGUUUUAUUCCGUGCCAAACCAGAGUGUGUUAUAUUCGACGAGCUCAUGCAAACCAGCAAAAAGUACAUCAAGAACCUCACAAGAAUUGAUCCCUUAUGGUUGCCUGAGUUGGCUCCUCAUUAUUACAAAGCAGAAGAGUGAAUUAACUCGUCUUCUUUGCUUAUAACGAGAUAACUGUUACUAUUCUGUUGGAGAUGGAACACUGAGACCACUAGAGACUGAUGCUAACAUUAAGGAAAGUUGUUUGUUUGAUUCAAAGAAGAUGAUUGUGGCUGAGCAUAGCAUUAGUUUAGAGGAAAGAAGACGACCAAGCAUAAUCGAUGCUAUUUUAUGGAGCUGGAGACACCAAACAAUUUGGGUAAGAACGUGUUUUUUUUGUUGUUGUAUCUUGCCAUUUUUUUUUGGCUCUGGCCUGCACUUGAGUCGUCUUGAAAGUCAAAAGGGCCAUUCCCUUUGUACUUCUAAAUGUCAUCAAAGAAUGUGCCUUCCAUGUUCCUCCCUUAUAAUAAAUUAUUGUCUUAUUAUAUGUCAAAAAUACAAAUAU